CGUCGCCGGAGAUCGCAUGCCAGCGCGCGACACGACGGCGCAUGGCAAUUGACCGCCUGACUUGACUAGCUCGCCGCGCCCCUUUGCCAGAUUGCCAGUUGCCACAGCCAAUUCUCUUCUCCUACCAACGUCGUCUUCGUCACCCACGAGCAGCAGCAGUCGCACGUACGACCACGCCGACGCCCUCGUCCCCACGCCACUCCCUUGCUGCCUUGCCUCCUCCUCCACCUGCAUGCCUAUAUAUCCCAACCCUAACUUCUGCCUUCUUCCCCACCAAACCCCACGGAGCUCGAUCUGCAGCCUUCGAUCUGUCAGUGUCCACUGACCAGUCAGCUGCAGCUCGCAGGCUCGUAGCCGCUAGCUCGACCUCUAGGCUCUAGCUCCAACUUCCCCGCUGUGUUAAUCUAGCGAUCGGCAAGUCAUGGGCAGCUUGGACACCAAUCCUAACGCCUUCUCCGCCUUCGGCGUCGACGCCACCACCGGCUUCCAGCCCCUCCACCCCGACGACGUCCGCGCCUACCUCCACAAGGCCGUCGACUUCAUCUCCGACUACUACAAGUCCGUCGAGUCACUGCCCGUGCUGCCGGACGUCAAGCCAGGGUACCUGCGGCAGCAGCUAAGGUCCGCGCCGCCCACGUCCUCCGCCCCGUUCGACGUCACCAUGAAGGAGCUGACGGACUCCGUCGUCCCCGGCAUGACCCACUGGGCCAGCCCAAACUUCUUCGCCUUCUUCCCGUCCACCAACAGCGCCGCGGCCAUCGCCGGCGACCUCAUCGCGUCCGCCAUGAACACCGUCGGCUUCACGUGGCAGGCCGCGCCAGCCGCCACGGAGAUGGAGGUCCUCGCGCUCGACUGGCUCGCGCAGCUCCUGCGCCUGCCGCCCAGCUUCAUGAACCGCACCGGCGCAGCUGGGCGCGGCACCGGCGGCGGCGUCAUCCUCGGCACCACUAGCGAGGCCAUGCUCGUCACGCUCGUCGCCGCGCGUGACGCCGCCCUCCGCCGGACUGGCUCCCAGGGCGUGUCCGGCCUUCCGCGGCUGGCUGUCUACGCCGCCGACCAGACGCACUCCACCUUCUUCAAGGCGUGCCGCCUCGCCGGCUUCGACCCGGCCAACAUUCGCUCCAUCCCCACCGGCCCCGAGACGGACUACGCCCUCGACCCGGCCAGGCUCUUCGAGGUCAUGCAGGCCGACGUCGACGCCGGCCUCGUGCCGACCUACGUCUGCGCCACGGUCGGCACCACGUCGUCCAACGCCGUCGACCCGGUCGGAGCCAUUGCCGACGUCGCCGCCGUGUUCAACGCCUGGGUCCACAUCGACGCCGCCUACGCCGGUAGCGCGUGCAUCUGCCCGGAGUUCCGGCACCACCUGGACGGCGUGGAACGCGUCGAUUCCAUCAGCAUGAGCCCGCACAAGUGGCUCUUGACGUGCCUGGACUGCACGUGCUUGUGGGUGCGCGACACGCACCGGCUCACUGACUCUCUCGAGACCAAUCCGGAGUACCUAAAGAACGACGCCAGCGACUCCGGCAACGUUACCGACCUCAAGGACAUGCAGGUUGGCGUCGGCCGCCGGUUCCGGGGGCUCAAGCUCUGGAUGGUCAUGCGCACCUACGGCGCGGCCAAGCUCCAGGAGCACAUCCGGAGCGACGUCGCCAUGGCCAAGAUGUUCGAGGACGCCGUGCGCUCCGACAACCGGUUCGAGGUCGUGGUUCCGAGGAACUUUGCUCUCGUGUGCUUCAGGAUCAAGCCCCAUGGUGGCGGUAUAAUGACGGAGGAGGACGCGGACGAGGCCAACCGUGAGCUCAUGGAGCGCCUCAACAGGACCGGGAAGGCUUACCUCGCGCACACGGUGGUCGGCGACAGAUUUGUGCUCCGGUUCGCCGUCGGUUCGUCGCUGCAGGAGGAGAGGCACGUCCGGAGCGCGUGGGAGCUCAUCAACAAGACCACCACUGAGAUCAUGCAGAAAUAAUAAAUUAAAUUAAAUUAAAUUUAUUAUAUGCAAGUAUAUACAAAAAUAGUAGUAUCAUAAAUUUAAUACAUGCAAGUAUAUACGUAUAGUAGUCCAUGAGGGAAUUUUACUUUUAUUGAUAUGUUUGAUUCUUUGUUGUUUGCCCAAAGGAGGAAUAAUAAAGCCGAUCAAAG